AAAGAAUAAAAGGAAUCUAAUCGAUAACUAUACAUUGAAAAUAACAAGUUAACUCUGAUUAUCAUUAAAUAAAACUAUUAUUAUUUAAUAAUUUUCUUCAAAACUUUAUCUAUCCGAAUGUUAAUAAACGUUCAAUUAGAUCCUAAUGAAAUGAAUAAACAGAUUAAUUCGAAUGGAAUUACAUCAGAAAUUAUAAAUAAUACUUCUACUAAUAAUUCUAAAUUGCCGUCUUUCUCUUUAUCAUCUUCAUCUUCAUCAUCAUCAUCAUCAACAUCAACAUCAUCAAUGUCUUCAUCACCUCUACUUAAUCUGUCAUCUUUAAAACAUGAUGAAAAUAAAAUUUCUGAUGAAAAUGUAAAGUUAAAUGUAUCAAACAAACCUACAGUACGAAAUAUUCUUGCAACUACACAUAAAAUACCAAUAUAUUAUUUAAGUCGUGGAAAUAAUUCACAAUUAAUUGAUACAGUUAUGACUGAAUUAGGCUGGAAACGUACAUUUGAUCGACAUGGAGAUUAUACACUACGUUGGACAGAGAACAGUAUUCAAAUUAAUUAUGGGAUAUUUAAAGAAGGUGAACAACUUGUGAACCAUAUACCAAAUUGUGGAUUGCUUACAAAUAAACUUGGAUUAUUAAUAAGUCUUCGUGAUUAUGAAAGACGAUAUCAAAAUAGAUUUGGACGAUUACCUAUUAUGGUGAUGGAUGAUUUCUUUCCAAAAACAUUUAUUGUUGAUGAUCUAAAGGAACGAGAAGCUUAUUUUAAAUUACAAGAAAAUGAUGAAGCACCACAUAUGUGGAUAUGUAAACCAAUUGGUCAAAAUCAAGGCAAAGGUAUUUUUUUAGUAAGAGAUAUUGAAGAGUUUAAGGUACAUUUAAAAAAUCGAGAUGAUGAAGCACGUAAUCAACCAUCCGGACUUUUACCAAGAAUAAUUCAAAGAUACAUUAUCAAUCCAUUAUUACUUGAUGGUUGUAAAUUUGAUAUACGAUGUUAUGUUCUUAUAGCCUGUACAAUGCCUUAUUUAGUAUUUUAUCAUCCUGGUUAUAUUCGACGUUCGGCUAAACCGUAUUCAAAUCAAGAUCAAAAUCUUAUAACACACUUGACUAAUCAGUUUGUUCAAAAGAAGGAUCCAGCGUAUGCAGAAAUAAAAAAUAACACAGUUUGGAGCUGGUCACAAGUUAAUGACUAUAUCAAUAAACAUUAUCAAGAAGAAAAGAAAUUACCAGUUGAUUGGACUAAAACAGUUCUUCAGUGGAAGAUUCAGAGAAUUAUUCAUCAUGUAUUUACUACAGUUAAAAAUAGAUUAGCUGCAAAAAUAGGAUUUUUUGAAUUACUUGGAUUGGACUUCAUGUUGGAUGAAAAUAUGAAAGUGUGGCUACUUGAAGUUAAUUCAAAUCCAGCAUUACAAACUCAUUGCGAUGUAUUGAAAGAAGUUGUACCAGUUGUAGUGAAAGAUGCUUUACAUAUUAGUAUUGAAUGUUUUGAAAAAAGUCGUCAUCAGAAGUGUUUACUUCCACUACACGGUCUUGACAAUUUAUCUGCUUUCAUAUUUUGUCAACGAAGUAAUAGACAUAUGAGAACAAGUUUAGAUGAAGUGCCGAUUGUGAAUAAAAUCAGUGGUGAUUUAGGUGUACCAACUGGCUGGAAUCUAUUAUACAAUGAAUCACAAGCUGCAUUUCGUGCACGUUGGCCAAUACUCCAAUCAUGUAGUCUUCGUUGUUGGAUUCCACCUAGAUAUAAACCACCAAUUAUUCAGAAUAAUUCUAAUUUACAACGGCCCGUUAAUGAUAACAAUACUGAACAAAACAAGUUGAAUAGUGUAUCACUACAAACAUGUGGAUCAACAGGUGCAACCAACGAAAAUUUAAAUAUAUCAGCAUUUCAUACUACAGAUGUAGUUAAUUGUACUUUAAAAGAGCAAAAUACUCCAAAAAAUACUGUAUCUAAUCAAUUUUUCCAUCCACGUUUAUCUUUACCAGAGUACCGUACUUUUGAAUCCAGUUUAAGACGAUACCCUGUUACGCCUAAUACAAUUAAUAACAAAAUACUACCACGAAGAAAUACUUUGAUUAGACAAUCAUUACAAAAUUCAAAACAAACUAUUAAUUUACAAGAUAUCAUUGAGAAGAUUCCUCAAUCAGAGUCAUUUAUUACUGUGAAACAACCUAAAUAUCAAAAUAGAACAAUCAAUACAAACAGUAGUAAUAGUAGUAAUAGUAAUGAUACUAGUACUAAGAAUAUUAGUACCAUUAAUAAUAAUAAUAAUAAUAAUGGUAGACGAAUAACAAUAAAUCAUGAAAAUCAAUCUAGAAAACAAAUAAUAUCUAAUCUAUACAAUUGUACAAAGAAUAAACAUGAUUUGGAAGUAUUCAGUGAAGAUGAAAUAUUAAGUGGUAAACGAAAAACUAAAACAAAAUUAAAUUUAAUAUCAAUUUAUAGAGAACCUGUACAAAUCAAUAAAGUACAUUUAAUAACUAAUUCAGAUAUUGACAAAGUAUUUAACACUACUACUAAUAAUCAUAUUAAUAGUAAUAAUAAUAAUAAUAGUUUAAAAAAAUCAAAUGAUAAUAAUAUAAAUAUAAUUCUACCAACUACACCGAAACAUAUUAAAUCAAAGAAUCAAUCAAUACGAAUUGGUGAAACAUCAGCUGAUCAUAUCCAUAGUAAUAUUGAUAAUAUUCAAAAUAAAAGUAAAUUAACUGGUAGACCUUAUAUUAAUCCAAAUAAAUUACAUUGGAUUGAAUCAAACGAUUCAAUUAAAAUUAAUUAUGAAACUAAAAAUUUUACAAAUAAAUUACAAAAUAUCCAUUAUUCAUUAGAAGACAGAGGAAGUUAA